AUGUCGACCACCAAAACGCUGAGCAACGGCACUCUCAGCCUCAAGUUUAUGCAACGUGCGCGCGAACGGAAGGAAGUUCAACUAGAAAAGGCUGAAGUAAAGGACGACGGAGCAUGGGAGGUUCCCAAGGCAGUCCGGGAAGGAUGGGGGUUGACGACAGGUUCUGCGGCUUCGGAAACACAGGUUCAUGAAGAGUCAUAUCUACCGUUCUUGUUUUCAGCGUCAUCCAUCGAAGACACAGACGUUCAGCCUCGUGGACGGAGAGUUUUUGGAAAGAAGGGCGAAGAAAUUGUAAAACAAAGUACAGAAGAAGAAGAAUCUGGGGAGAGCAAUGUGCCAGUGUCAGGCAAAGACGCGACUUCUGCGACAGGAAAAGGACGAAAGAUCCAUCCAAGACCCGUAUCUAUCUCAACUGCGGGCUCAUCUGGGUUGAAAGGAUUCGAACACCUCAAAAAGCCGAGACCUAAAGAUACCUCUUCAGCUUCUACGACGGCGCCUACCAAAUCUGCCCGGCAGAUGAUAUUUGAAACUGCGAACGUUGGUACUGAUCUUCGUGCUUCCCAACAACAAACGGCUAGAUCUUCUGGAAAUCCACCACUAUCAACCUCAUCUGAGGCACCGAAAGGGUUUAUGAAACCCGCUGGUGUGGAUGAGCCAACACGACCUUCUACGAAGAACUCGUCAGACAAGUCCGGUGAGAAGAAACCAAAACGGAAACGACCAGGGGCCCAAUCCGAGGGUGACGAUAGGCCCAAAAAACAGAAAAAGAGCAAGGUGUAA